AUGGAGCCGCAAACGUCCCAGAAAAGCUUGCUAGCUGCCAUCGUGGCUGCCGGAGUAUCAGCUUGGUUGUUGUGGCGACGGCGGCGUUGGCGGCGCCUCCCGCCCGGCAGCUCUUGGUCAUUGCCAUUGCUGGGAGAGACUUUGGCUUACAUCCGAGAUCCGCUGGGCUUCAUUGAGGGCAAGCUAUCACAAUACGGUGGCACUUGCAGCUCACACUUGCUGUUUUCGCCAACUGUGAUUCUGGCAGUCACUGACGCCAACACCAAGCUUUUAUUCUCCGAGAAGAACCUGGCCUGGCCGUUACACUUCCGAAAGCUAGUUGGCCUGAAGUCCCUCCCCAUGGUGAAUGACCCGCUCCACAAGACGAUUCGUACCCUUAGCUCACGGGCAUUUGUCGACCGACAGCUUGAUUCCUAUUUGCCAUGCCUGCAGAGGUUGUCUGCCAAGCAUUUGCAGCUUUGGCUGGACGUCGAAGGUCGUACAUCGAGGGAUCUGCAUCUGGAGAUCAAGAAAUACGCUUUUGAGUGCGGUGAGGCUGUGAUUCUGGGAGUUGAGAACGGUGGGCCCAAAAGCGAUCGUUUCAUGCAGCUCUUCGAAGAGACCUUCAAAGGUUUGGGUUAUGUCUUACCAUUGGACAUCCCUGGAUUCCCGUUCCAUCAAUGCAUGAAGGCCCGGGAAGCGCUGGUCCAAGAAUUCCAAGAUCUCAUUGAGAAGAAGCGCAAGAAACUCAAGGAUCCAUGCCGGAUGUUUCAAAUCAACACCAUGUUGGACACGAUGCUGCAGGCAGAUGAGAUGAACGGCGAAGACGAGCUCUCAGACUUCUGCGUGGCGAUGAUGUUUGCAGGCCACGACACGACCCUCUGCUCCAUUCAAAGCUGCCUUUACUGGUUGAAGGAACUUCCCAGUGUGGAGGCCCUUUUGCGGCAGGAGGUGCGCGAAGUUUGGGAUGGCGAGAGCCGGGUCACCCGACGAAUCUUGGACUCUGCCCACCAGACCCGCGCCUUUUUGCAGGAAGUCUGGCGAAUGACGCCGCCGGUUCAAGUGACUAGCCGAAAGUUGCGUGAAGACACGGAGGUAGACGGCUAUGUGGUGCCGAAAGGUUGGACAUUACUUUAUGCACCUGCUGGAAGACACAGCAAGGCGGAGGACUGCAAGUCUUUUCUCAUCCAGCGUCAUCUGCGUGAUGGUAAGUUCAUCGAUAGCACCUUCGAUCCCACUUACUUCGCCUCCUUUGGUGGGGGUAACCGGAUGUGCAUCGGAUACAAGUUCGCCCGGGACGAGUUGUUGGUCUUCCUCCUUCACUUCCUCCGUGACUUCGACGUGAAGCUCACCAACUCUCAGUUGCAAAGGUUCCCGUUUCAUUUCUGGCGCCUCGAGGGCACUGUUCAUAGGGCCGACGGGUAA